AUGCCUUGUCGCCAGCAGAACAAAGGGGAAAGCAGCAUCGACCUCCAGCCUCGGGGUUCUCGCGAAAUUAAUCCCGUGCCUUCGCCGGAAUGCAGAGGCCGAGCGUCUGAGUCUCUGGGCGAAGGGAUUGCUGUUGGGCGUCCAGUGCAGGCAACAGCAAGGGCGUCCAGUGCAGGCAACAGCAAGGGCGUCCAGUGCAGGCAACAGCAAGGGCGUCCAGUGCAGGCAACAGCAAGGGCGUCCAGUGCAGGCAACAGCAAGGGUGCAGUCCAGUGCAGGCACAGCAAGGGCGUCCAGUGCAGGCAACAGCAAGGGCGUCCAGUGCAGGCAACAGCAAGGGCGUCCAUUCUAGGCAACAGCAAGGGCGUCCAGUGCAGGCAACAGCAAGGGCGUCCAGUGCAGGCAACAGCAAGGGCGUCCAGUGCAGGCAACAGCAAGGGCGUCCAGUGCAGGCAACAGCAAGGGCGUCCAGCAGGCAACAGCAAGGGCGUCCAGUGCAGGCAACAGCAAGGCGUCCAGUGCAGGCAACAGCAAGGGCGUCCAGUGCAGGCAACAGCAAGGGCGUCCAGUGCAGGCAACAGCAAGGGCGUCCAGUGCAGGCAACAGCAAGGGCGUCCAGUGCAGGCAGCAAGGGCGUCCAGUGCAGGCAACAGCAAGGGCGUCCAGUGCAGGCAACAGCAAGGGCGUCCAGUGCAGGCAACAGCAAGGGCGUCCAGUGCAGGCAACAGCAAGGGCGUCCAGUGCACGCAAGCGUCCAGUCAGCAGUCCAGGCAACAGCAAGGGCGUCAGUGCAGGCAACAGCAAGGCGUCCAGUGCAGGCAACAGCAAGGGCGUCCAGUGCAGGCAACAGCAAGGGCGUCCAGUGCAGGCAACAGCAAGGGCGUCCAGUGCAGGCAACAGCAAGGGCGUCCAGUGCAGGCAAGGCAAGGGGCGUCCAGUGCAACAGCAAGGGCGUCCAGUGCAGGCAACAGCAAGGCGUCCAGUUCCAGUGCAGGCAACAGCAAGGGCGUCCAGUGCAGGCACAGCACGUCCAGUGCAGGCAACAGCAAGGGCAGUCAGGCAACAGCAAGGGCGUCCAGUGCAGGCAACAGCAAGGCGUCCAGUGCAGGCAAGCAAGGGCGUCCAGUGCAGGCAAAGCAACGUCCAGUGCAGGCAACAGCCGUCCAGUGCAGGCAACAGCAAGGGCGUCCAGUGCAGGCAGCAAGGGCGUCCAGUGCAGGCAACAGCAAGGGCGUCCAGUGCAUUAGGCAACAGCAAGGAGGCAACAGCAAGGGCGUCCCAUGUAGGCUUCCUGACCCCAAAGGCCCCCGGGGAUGA